ACGCAUAGUUUUAGUCAUGGCCGACGACUACAGGCGACAGGGCUUCGAGUUGGAGAGAAGGAUAUUCGAGUUAGACAUCAAGUGUUCGAGCCUCCGGGCCGAGAAGCAAGAUGACGACUAUUUACAGAAUGCGUCUGCCAUACUAGACAAGUUGAAAAGCUAUUACAGACAAGGAGGGGAGAGUAGCAACCUGUCCAAGCUGCUUCAGGAUUACACACAGGUGAUUCUAGACAUCACAUUUUAUGAAGAGAAUAAACUGGUGGACCAGGAGUUCCCUGAGGACUGUUCACCAUUUAAAAUCCAGCAGUUGCUGCAAGAUCUGACCGAGCCAGAGGUUCUGGCUGGGAGGCUAGCACCAGCACAAGAGGUGCAGUCUGUGUUGGGGCUGGAGCUGUUAGAAUGCCUCUAUUGGAGACGUGGAGCUCUGCUGUACAUGUACUGCCACACCCUUCAUCAACGAAAACAGUGGAUUAAGAAAAACAAGGAUACAUUCCUAAAGUGUAUUCAGGAAGGUGUGCGGUACCUGAUGCGGAUGCUGCAGGUGAGAAACUCUGUGAAGAUAAAUGAUGGGGUGGUGCUCCAUGACACUGCUACUGCAGGCUUCCUAUCUGAAGGCAUCUUCUCAGAUACACACCUGCUGACAAUGAUGUACAUCGGGGAAAUGUGUUUCUGGGCCGUGAAGUAUGAGGACUAUAAUGCUGACAGCAUGGAUCGGAAAGAAGAUCGCCUGCAGUUUCGGGACAUUGGCACUCAGAUCCUCAACAAAUACGUGCUUGCCUGCGAGGGACCUCUGCAAGGCCAGGGCUGGAACACGGAGAACGCCAAGGAAAUUCUUAGUAUUCUACAGUGAACCACGCUGCUCCUGUGUUGAAGUUGCCCUCAGGCACCGAUCUAAGUUCAGUAUUCAAAUGUGUGUCGCCCCCUAAUAAAAAUUGAACCCAUCAGGUGGGGUGUAAUGUUGUGGGAGGUUAAGGGGAGGCACGAGGAAUAUGUGAAGAAAGAGUCUUUGGAUCUGUGUCUACUGGCAACCUCAUCAAAUGCCAAAUGGCCUGUGGCCGAAGCAGGUGAAUGCGAGGUUAGAGAGUCUAAGAGUGGUGGUGUAAAAGUGGCAGGAGCUGCAGAGGAGGCUGAGGAAUCAUUUUUUUUGCCCUGUCCUGCUGAAAAAGCAGUUAUCAUCCUGAUUACAGACUUUUGACUGGGGCACUUACUUUGCUCUAAGAAUGUGUUAUAAUAAUAUUAUUAAUAUAAAAAAAGGUUAUUAAUAAAAUUGACCUUUUUUAAUUUCUUUUUUUGAGAUUGUUACAAGUUUAAGGAUAAUCCAGCUGGAGAUGAGACAUUGCACAGUAACAUUUUAUUUAUUAUUUUCUUUCCAUUUUGUUAUGCUUUAAUAUAUUAUAAUUGCAUAUACAUAACUAUGUGUGUGUAUAAAAACACAUGAGUCAAAGAGGUGUUAAAAAACAUGACGUAUUCAUGACCAUUUGAGGUGUGUUCAGAUUUGUUCAUACCAGCUUUGUAAUGCACCACUUGUAUUCCCAUCUAUUGCAAGUUUUUGUUUUUCUGCCACUUGAGUAACUUUGAUAGUAUAACUAUUAGUAGAGAUUCUGUGUUGUUUGGACGAAAAAUCAUUUUCUGUUUUCUAUGUCCCCGUUGACAAUAAACACGCCCGUUUUAAGAAAUAAA